UUGGCACAGACGAGAGGAAAGAUUGACAGAACUCAGAUCCUUCAAAGCAGAGAUGAUGAAAUUCGUUUCGAUUUUCUUCCUGGUAGGAAGUUGUGGCUUGGUUGAAGGUAUGAUAAGAGAAUAUAUUUACUAUCCUGGCGCAACAUAUUGGCAUAUUGCUCAGAAGACCUGCAGAGAACACCACACUGAUCUGGCUACCAUCAGCACUGCAGAGGAACAGCAACGACUUGUAGAGAGUUUUGGUUUCAGCAGUGGGCCAGCUUGGAUUGGGCUGUACACAGAAUAUCUAUACUGGGCAUGGCAGUGGUCUCAUGGAGAGCCAGUUUCUUUCACACCAUGGUAUCCUGGCUAUCCUGAUACAAAUUAUUACUCUUCUCGUGGUGGCAAAACCUGUGCUUUUUUGGAACAAGGACAAUGGAAAAACAAUUUCUGUUGGGCGGGUUAUCCAUACUACUGUUAUAGAUAUUUGAUUUUGGUGAAUGAGAGUAAGACUUGGGAGGAGGCUCUUCGGUACUGCACCACUAAGUACACCGGCUUGGCCUCUCUGCCCAACGCCACACAAGUGCUUCAGGCAAAAACGGAGCUUGCACUGACCCAAACAGAGAGUGUGUGGACCGGCCUGCGCUUCAUGGAUGGAAACUGGUUCUGGCUGAGUGGAGAGCCAACGCAGAGCCUGGAUUUACUUCCAUCAUGUCCAGCUCAUCCUUAUCGCUGCGGAGCUCUCAACAACAACACAAACGUCUGGGAGAACCGAGACUGCAACGAGAAUCUGAAUUUCCUCUGCUACUGGAAUAUUAUGUAGUGAUCUCUGGCUGCACCCCUGCAUUACAUAUGACUUUCCACAAGAAGAGAUCUCCUACAGGAAGAUUACAUGCAUGACACUUUUCUUUUUUUUUUUUUGUUAACUGAUUAAGAUGUAGCAUAUGUUUGUAUCAUAUCAUAUCAUGUCAUAUCAUAUCAUGUCAUAUUAUAGAUGUAUCAUAUGUUAUUACUGAUUAAGAUGUAGCAUAUGUUUGGCUUUCUUUAUUCAUAGAUAAUUUAUAUAGCAUUGAAAUGUCAGGCUUAGAUAGAUAGAUAGAUAGACAGAUAGAUAGAUAGAUAGAUAGGCAGAUAGAGAGAUAGACUGAUAGAUAGGUAGCUUUGAAUGUUGUUUGUAUGAAAAGCUAUCUUGAGUAGGAAUUCUGAAGAGAAGGAAAGUGAUUUGUCACCUCUCGUGUGAAAAUCCGUUUAUUUGUUCUACAUGAUCAAGCAGAGAAAGUUUCAUAGUAGUAGACCAAUUAUUUCAGCAUUCUCUUUAGCGUACAUCCCUAGCUCUUUUGCUUUGUAUUGCCUUUGUUAUAGCACAAAAAACAGCAUAACUACGAUUACCAACCUGUGAAUAGUUUCAAUGUACUAAAUAUGAGAAUUAUGAUAAUUUAAUCUAAUUAUAUGCAUGUAAUUAUGAAUUCCCCUUGUUCACUUCUUGUGAAAUGAACUCAAUGAUUCUACGAAAAUGGUUUCCUCAGUACUGAUUCAUUAGGACUCAGAAGCAGACAUUUAUUGGAAAUUGCUCAAAAUAAUGAUCAGAUCAGAUCAGAUCAGAGAAAAAUGAUCAGAUCAUAUCAUAUCAGAUCCUGGGGCAGGUUUUAUGGUACAUUUGGUUUAAUGGGUUUAAAUCUAUAUUUAUUUUCCAUAUUAUGAUUGUGUUAAUCAUCAUGACCUGUUGUAGACUAUAGGUUUCACUUGUUAGCAACAUGCUAUUAAUGUGCCUUAAAUUACAAUCAAUAAACCUGUAAACAACAAAUUAAAAAUAAACAUGUGAUAAGUU